CGGCGCGCGGAUCGGAAUCAACUUCUACUUCCUACUUCACAAACACACCAACUGCGCUCUGCGUGACUCGAACACCUUCCUGCGCGUUUCACGCACUUUUCUCAGGUUACAAGUACCGCAAAGUCCGACUCGAUUCGGUUCCGACCCGCUCGGACCGAACCGUUAACUGGACAUUUGGGUCCAGUUAACGGGUUGGGCGGGUUUAAUUAGAGAAGUAAGAGUGGAAUGGUUCUGAUUUGGGAUCGUUAAUCAGUGGGACACUUUGGAGGAGUUCCCGCACCACCCAGACCGAACCGGACCGGCUCGGUGCUGCAGAUUUACGGCCGGACCGGAACCCUGACGUGGGUCGUUGAUCAUCAGCUGCCCGAACCGGAGCUGCUCCCCUCCCAACCCCGGGCAGGAGGACUCCGACACCCCGGUCCAGAUCCUGGUUCUGUACCGUUUCCAGGUUCGGAGCAGCCCCGAAAGGUUCGUCCGGACCGGAUCCAACUGUCCCGACUCCCUCCGACCUGCAGCUAAUGGCGUCCUUCAUCCUCCUCUUCCUCCUGGCUUUGACGGGCGGAGCCGUCGGCCAAUCCAACGACUCGACAGAACCGAUGUGCCACGACUGGGGCGAGUCCAGCGAGGCGGCGGUUCUGGUUCUGGACGGCGAGGCCGGCUGGGUCUCCUGCCCGCUCUUCUCUCACCCGGCCGUCUACAACUACACGACGGCCCAGAGCGCCGGGCACGACCUGGUCUGGUACCGCCUGCUGGACGGCCACGACCUGGAGCAGCCCAUCCCCUACAGCGCGCGGGUCAGCAGAGAGCGGGAACGGCUGUGGCUGCAGCCGGCCGUCGUUAACGACACGGGGCAGUACAUCUGCAUGCUGCGCAACAAGUCGUCCUGCAGCCGGAUCGCCGUGCGCCUGCAGGUGCUGCGGCGGGACCAGGCGGUCCGAUCCGCCGGAUGCCCGCAGGUUGCCAUGGCAGCGACUGAGGCGCUGAUCGGCUUCCAGCAGGGGAAGAUGCUGACCUGUCCGAACCUGCAGGACGCCUCCAAGAUGGCCGACAGCGACCCGACGGUCAACUGGACCUACGAGAACCAAGACAUGUCGAGGUGUGAUCCGUACCCGUUCUGGGACAUUCACCGGGAGCAGGUCGGAACCGGGCUCCGGAUCUACAACAUGCUGAAGCCGUAUGAGGGCCUGUACAUCUGCACGGUCCGGUACCAGCGGAGAGGCGGGUCGCUGAGCUUCACCAGGAGCAUCAAAGUCUCGGGGAUCUAUCCCACCACCGUGGCCAAAGACCCGACCAUCCUCCACCCGACUAACGGGAAGGUCUUCCCAGUCAGAACCAACUCAGACGUCCACCUGACCUGCAGAGGCCAUCUUCCUUUCAUCAUCGACAAACCUGAGCGGGAGAUUUGGUGGACGGUGGACGGGAAGAGGGUGGAGCAGCUGAACGACGGCCGCUUCAGCCAGACCAACAGGUAGAGACGGGUCCACGGCCAAAACCAGCUGGUUCACGGCCAAAACCAGCCGGUUCACGGCCAAAACCACUGUUCUGCUAACCCGCAGCUGUUCUGCUAACCUGCAGCCAUUUUGUUUCCAGUGUCGCUGCCCUCCGUGGAGCUGGGCUGCGGCCUCGGCGCCACGCUGGUGCUCAUGCUGCUGCUCUUUGUGGUUUAUCACGUCUUCUGGCUGGAGCUGCUGCUGCUGUACCGCUCCUGGUUCGGCACCGACGAGCGGCACACAGACGAUAAGGAGUUUGACGUCUACAUCUCGUACGCGCGGAACAGCGAGGAGGAGCAGUUCGUCCUGUCGACGCUGCGCGGCGUCCUGGAGAACGAGCUCGGCUACUCCGUCUGCAUCUUCGACCGGGACAGUCUGCCCGGAGGGACCAUCACAGACGAGACGCUGAGCUUCGUGGCUCGCAGCCGGCGCCUCCUGGUGGUGGUCAGCCCCGGCUACGCCUCGCAGGGCUCCCAGGCGCUGCUGGAGCUGAAGGCCGGCAUCGACAGCAUGGCGCUGGGCGGCCACCUGCGGGUCAUCCUGGUCCAGUACCGGCCCGUCCAGAGGCAGAGCCUGGUCCGGGAGCUGCGGCGGGCCCGCGUGGCGCUGGCGCUGGUCCGCUGGCAGGGGGACAAGUCCAAGGAGCUGACGUCCCGCUUCUGGAAGCAGCUGAGGGUGGAGCUUCCUGUGAGGAGAGGCGGCGGCGGCGGCAAGGAGGCGGCGCUGAUGAGGCUCAUCAGCCAGAGCAGCACCAACUCCCAGACCGGACUCAUCAGCAACACGACCAAAACCCCUCAGAACGUCCCCAACUCGGCAGCCUGACCCGGAACCGACCACAGCAGCACAAACCGGUCAGACCCGCUCAGAGGGGCGGGGUUCUGCCCUGGUACCAGCUGAUUGGUUGGUCAGGACCAAAGCAGCGGCGCCGUGGGCCCAGAAGCUUGGAUUCAUCCAGAGAAGGUCAAAGGUCAACCAUGUUCUGCUGAACGUGACCUGAGCCACGAGUCUGGUUCAAACCGGGUCGGGCGCCAUUUUUUUAACGUUCGCGUCGAUAAUUUGGGAUUUUUAAGUUUGACAUACGGGAGAAAAACGGAGGUAAAUUUCUAAAGUCAUGUUUUCAUUUCACCAUGUUGCUCAUUCAGAUUCAAACAUAUUUAAUUAGAAAGCUAAAUAUUCACCUCAGCUACGGCUACAUAUGUUUGGCUAACUAAAUAAACACCUGGUUUAGGUUGAAGCUGAAUAUUUAGUUUUUAUUCUCUGGACCAAAGUGUUUUUUUUCACCUGACUUCACGUUUUCUGCACGUAUUACAUGAAACUCAGUUUUCCCCAUAACAUCAGUGUCAUAAAUCAUUUUCAUCGUCUCAUUUCUACUUUGAACCUUUGUGAUAAAAUGGUUUUUUUUUACUUGUUUUCACUCUGAAUGUUUUGACGAUCAUGAAUGUUGAAUGAAACCAUAUUUUCCAAACAUUUAGUUUCUAAAAUCGUGUUUUGCGGUUUUAUCAGAAAGCGGCUAAACGAGCUAAUCGAUCAGUGAAUGUUCUCCAUGCUGCACCUGGUGGUCAGUGCAGGAACUGCAUGUGUCAUCAAAGACAUCUGAUUGGACGACCCAACAUGGAGGUGAAGGAUUGUGUCAUCUGCAUAGAGGCGGAUUGAAUAAGGACAUUUUUAUCCACUGAAACUUUAAAAUAUUGUCAUUU